AUGGCGCCUCUUAAAAUUGUGUCGCUCGCCUGCGCUUCUGCGCUCCUCAUAGCCCAAGCAAACACAAAAGAAUCUAAGGGACAAGAGGAACCGCCACAACCUGAAGAAUCACCAACCUACACUGUAACGGUUGGCAAAACGGGCGUCUGUCUCGACGAAAUGAACGCUGCUCGUGGAGCUGCUGGACUUGCACACUUCUUAGCGGCCGCCGAAGGAUCAAAUAAUAAGUGGCCUCAAACAGAACAAGAUGUAGAAGAAUCUAGCCCUUGGCAUCCUGUUUGUGAAGCUCUGAUAGCAGAAGGCGAACCGGCCACGGAGGAUCAGAGCACACCAAGCAAUACCUUUCCAAGCGGCACAUACGCCUUCAUGGCAUUGGAUACAGCAGAGGCGGACUGCGUUGCCGCAGUGAGCCACUGGAAGGACGCCGUCAGCAACUUCACCUCCCUUCCUCCAUCGAAGACCAAAGGAACGACACUCUACGAGAAGCAGCAGAACGUCUCUUUUGUUGCUUUGUACAACCCUUCAGACAGUGCUAGUGUUGACUGCCGAGUCAUCACCUGCACUCAGAAACUAGUUCAAGGACCCGCAGCACUCAGCAUACGUUCGAGUGUUGAAGGAAAGAAAGGCCAUGCUCUACUGUGCAUGACUACACCUGAUGCAUUUGCAGAUAGCAAAGCUCCCUUCACGGAAGAUCAGUGGAACAAGAUCAAGGCAUCCCUCACAGGUUCUGCAUCUGCUGUUGCCCCGAGUCUACUCGUCUUUGCCAUUGCAGCCUUUGGCCUGGCUGCUCUUUGA